AUGGAUGAAGAGUACGAUGUCAUCGUCCUGGGCACCGGUCUGACCGAAUGUAUCCUCUCCGGAUUGCUGUCCGUCGAGGGCAAGAAGGUCCUCCACAUGGACAGGAAUGACUACUAUGGUGGAGAUAGUGCAAGUCUUAACUUGACCCAGCUCUACCGCAAGUUUAGACCAGAUCAGACCCCCGCCGCUGAGCUGGGACGCGACCGUGACUACGCCGUCGACCUCAUCCCCAAGUUCAUCAUUGCCUCAGGAGAGCUCACGCGUAUCCUCGUGCACACUGAUGUCACCCGGUAUCUGGAGUUCAAGCAGAUCGCGGGCAGCUUUGUCUACCGCGACGGCAAGAUCUCCAAGGUUCCGAGCACGGAGAUGGAGGCGGUCAAGAGUCCUCUGAUGGGCCUCUUUGAGAAGCGGAGAGCCAAGAAGUUCUUCGAGUUCCUGCAGGGCUGGAAGGACGAGGAUCCGGCCACUCACCAGGGCAUCGAUCUUGACAAGGAUACGAUGAAGGUGGUGUACGAGAAGUUCGGUCUCGAGCCUGGCACUCAGGACUUUAUCGGCCAUGCCAUGGCACUGUACCUCGACGACGACUACAAGACCAAACCCGCGCGGCCGGCCUACGAGCGCAUCGUGCUCUACACGUCCUCGAUGGCGCGCUACGGCAAGUCGCCGUACAUCUACCCGCUCUAUGGGCUCGGCGAGCUCCCUCAAGCAUUCGCGCGUCUGAGUGCCAUCUACGGCGGCACGUACAUGUUGGACAAGCCGAUCGACGAGAUCGUCACGGAUGCGAGCGGCAAGUUUGUCGGCGUGCGCAGCGGGAACGAGACCGUGAAGGCCAAGGCUGUCGUCGGCGACCCGAGCUACUUUGGCGCGGGCAAGCCCAUUGAAGGCGGCAAACUGCGGGUCGUCGAGGAAGGCAAGGUCAUCCGCGCGAUCUGCUUCCUGAAGCACCCCAUUCCGGGUACGGACGACGCGGACAGCGCGCAAAUCAUCAUCCCUCAGAACCAAGUUGGCAGGCGGAACGAUAUCUAUAUUGCGAUGGUAUCUUCGACACACAACGUCUGCGCGAAGGACGUAUAUGUCGCCAUUGUCAGCACCAUCGUCGAGACCGACAGGCCAGAACAGGAGAUCCUACCUGGUCUCCAGCUACUGGGCACUAUCCACGACAAGUUCGUCUCUGUUUCGUCCUUCUACGCACCCACAUCCGGUGGUGAAUCGGAUCAGAUCUUUAUUACGCGUUCGUACGACGCGACUUCGCACUUCGAGACCGUCGUCGACGACGUCCAGAAUGUCUGGAAGCGCAUCAUCGGCAAGGACCUUGUUCUCAAGAAGCGCGAAGUGGAGCUCGAAGCUUAG